GAGGGCCACGAUGACAGAUUACGGCGAGGAGCAGCGCAAUGAGCUGGAGGCUCUGGAGUCCAUCUACCCUGACUCCUUCACAGUAUUAUCAGAAAAUCCACCCAGCUUCACCAUUACUGUGACAUCUGAGGCUGGAGAAAAUGAUGAAACUGUCCAGACAAUCCUCAAGUUUACAUACAGUGAAAAAUACCCAGAUGAAGCUCCCCUUUAUGAAAUAUUUGCCCAGGUAAAUCUAGAAGAUAAUGAUGUAGCAGACAUUUUAAAAUUAUUAGCAUUACAGGCAGAAGAAAACCUUGGUAUGGUGAUGAUCUUCACCUUAGUAACAGCUGUGCAAGAAAAAUUAAAAGUAGAUCAAAUAAAAACUAGAAGAGAAGAAAAGAAACAAAAAGAAAAAGAAGCAGAAGAAGCCGAAAAGCAAUUAUUUCAUGGUACUCCUGUUACAGUUGAGAAUUUCUUAAAUUGGAAGGCCAAGUUUGGUGUAGAACUCUUGGAAAUUAAAAAGAAAUGGAUGAAGGAAGAAGAGCAAGCAGGAAAAAAUAAAUUAAGUGGGAGACAACUGUUUGAAACAGAUCAUAAUCUCGACACAUCUGAUAUCCACUUCUUGGAAGAUGCUGGAAACAACGUGGAGGUAGAUGAGUCUUUGUUCCAGGAAAUGGAUGACUUGGAGCUGGAGGACGAUGAUGAUGAUCCAGACUACAAUCCUGCUGACCGGGAGAGUGACUCGACCGACUGAUGGACUAUUCCCAUCUGCAGAGAGGCUUGACUGCCACAGCAUCUGUGGCUAUGCUGAGAGGGUAUUGAUUUUCCUUUAUUUCUUCU